GUGGCUGUGGGCGGCGAGAGCUGGGUCUGCGCGGGCGGUAGGCAACGGCUGAGGCUGCGGCGGCGUGGGCUGGGCUCGAGCGGGCGGCAGUAUCUCAGACUCCCCGGAGCGGGAGCCCACGCGGGCGGGCGCCUGAAACAAAGAGAAGCGGGAGUCUGGGCGCCGCGGGGUGGGCGGUCAGUCGGUAGCGCAGAACCAGCCGGCGGGUUUUACCCACGCCAGCCCGGAGCCCCGGCCGCCGCGGCCUUCGGGCGGGAAGAUGCCGCGCGUUGUGCCUGACCAGAGAAGCAAGUUCGAAAAUGAGGAGUUCUUCAGGAAGCUGAGCCGCGAGUGUGAGAUUAAAUACACGGGCUUCAGGGACCGGCCCCACGAGGAGCGCCAGACGCGCUUCCAGAACGCCUGCCGCGACGGCCGCUCGGAGAUCGCUUUUGUGGCCACAGGAACCAAUCUGUCUCUCCAGUUUUUUCCGGCCAGCUGGCAGGGAGAACAGCGACAAAUACCUAGCCGGGAGUAUGUCGACUUAGAAAGAGAAGCAGGCAAGGUGUAUUUGAAGGCUCCUAUGAUUCUGAAUGGAGUCUGUGUUAUCUGGAAAGGUUGGAUUGAUCUCCAGAGACUUGAUGGUAUGGGCUGUCUGGAGUUUGAUGAGGAACGAGCUCAGGCAAGAAGACAGCAAGACCCUAGUCCUGGUUCCAAUUUAGGUGGUGGUGAUGAUCUCAAACUUCGUUAACAGCACAGCAAAUGUGCUUCCCACCUAUAUGUACUCAUUGUUUCUAGUUGGCAGAAAAGAAUUCAUUAUAAGACCAGAAACUGUGAUAGCUGGAGGUACCACAGUCAAUUUCUCAACCCAAGGCAGUAAAAGACACCACAAACUGCCAUGGUUUUGCACUAUGAUUAUCAUACAUGCAUUUCUAAUGUUUAAAGCAUGUAGCCAGUAAUAAUUUGAAAUUUUUUUCUAUGCAAGCUUACCUUGUUGGCAUUAUUUUAGAUGAGUGAAACUAUCCAUUUGUAAAGCUUUUUUUUCCCUCCAUUUUAAUUUAAAAGUUCAUGUUUUUUUUUAAGAAGUUAAAAUUUCUAUCAAAGGGUUUUCUUUAGAUGCAUUUUUAUACUGUUAGAUGUGUUAUACAGCUUAUUUUUAGAAGGGCAUUCUUGGUUUGUUUGUUUGUUUUUUCCCCUUCAUUUCCUUUUGUGUUUUUAUAGUCUAGAGCAUUUUUAAAUUGUUGAUAUGUUCGCAUUAUUUACAACCUAAAAAACCUAGUAGCAUAGAGCUGUCUGCUACAGCCUUCUAACAAAGUUUACAGUUGUUAAGGUUUCAGUAUCCUUUUAAAUGCUAAUCAGCACCCUUCCUUUAAAACAUUAAAAUUUUAAAUUGGAUAUUAAUUUUAGCCUGCCCUAGAUUUGUUUUAAAUUCUGUUCUGUAAUCAUGACUUUGGGUGGAGAUACUCUCCUUGAUAAUACUACUCUACUGAAAUGCCUAAAAGAAGUCGCAGGCUGGCUUCUGUUUUAUUCAGGGAUUUUUUUUUAAACCAAUCAGUAAAGGGAUACUGGAGCUUCUUCAUGUAUUUUACAGCAUAUUAAACUGGAGACAGUGAUGACAGCUACAAAGGUAUAUUAAAAUCAUGUUUAAUAUAGCUGCUUUUAUGUGUAUUUUAUAUUUGCAUGCCUUUGUAGAAACAAUACUGGGUGAAGAAAGAUUAGUCUUAGAAAAUGUUCAUCUAUUCAGAGGAUACAUUUUCUUCCAUUAAUUGUCCUGGGAAAACAUUGAGUUAUAGAUGAUAUUUUGCAAAAGGACUUAUUAGCACCUUUUGAGAUUAAUUAGUGUAAGAUUAUUUUUAAAUAAGCUUACUGUCAAAUUACAACUUUUUUUAAAAUAUAAGACUGGAAAAAGUGCUGAGUCAUUUGGCACAUCCUUACAAAUACCUUUCAUGGUAAAUAAUUCAUUAAAUGUUACUACUACAUUUACGGAUUUUUUGCAAAAAUGUUUGCAAAAGUGUAUUUUAUCAUAAUAGAAUGGCAUUAUUUUAAAGAGUUUGAAAAACUGACAGUUCAGAAAGUGAAGUCUGAAUAAGGUCAUUACAUUUAAAAAGCAUAUAAAUAUACUUGAUUGAUGAAGGAGGUGUGACUUUUAUUGUAUAUAGGUCUUACAAGUCUUAAACAGAUAACUGUAUCUCAGAAUAAAAAUAUGUUAUAUAUUUGAAGUCAUGCAUGGUAAGAAGUGUGUCUAAAUUGUUGUAAACAGUGCAUCAUAAAAGGCCAUGUUGAUCUUGUGUAACACAGUCCUAUAAAUGAAUUUGGUUGGUAUUUGGUGUUGUACAGCUCACAUGUUUACACACUCAGUGCCCUAAUUUCCCAUGGGGAAUCACCUUCUAAGUGGUCCUUACAAUGGUGUUGUAAGGUUACUUUUAUUACAGGGCUCCUUGUUUUUUGACUUCUGCACAUACUUUUUAAAAAAAUAUAACAUGUUAUUGCUACAUUCUUCUCUGUUGCUUCUAUUCGAGGGCUUCAGCCCAUCAGUAAAUAAAAUCAGUUGCUAUUGUGUUCCUGUUGCCAUCUUUCUGUAAAUAUUGAAAUCUUCGUAUCAUUUAGCACUGUACUACUGUCUUAAUGCUGGCAUUAAGAUCAUAAGCCUUUUUCUCUAGUAGUGAAGCCUUUGGAAACUACAUUUUUUUAAGUUAUUGAUGCAAUUUGAUAUUUUUUCAUAGUGUGUAUUUAAAUGAAAUUACAUCAUUGCAUCAUCUUUUCUAAAUUCAUCUCCAUUUUAAAACUUGCCUUAAGCUACAAGAUUACUUUUGCCACCAUUAGCCAUAGUGUGUGUUGUGUGUUUAAUUUACCUUCACAAUAAACUGUGUAAUGAAAACAG